CGCCCGUUUGUGCGGCUGGAGAUGUCGUCCAGCGAGGAAGAGGUGGCCCUGCCCAAGAGCAAGCCCACCGAGAAGGGCAAUGCGGCAUUGUUCAGCGAUGACGACGACGAGAUCUCUGAUGUCGAGACGAAGGCACCUACCGUAUCUGACGACAAGAAGGCCGCUGCCGACGAUGGUGGGUCUGACAAUGGCGAAGACAUGGCCGACUUGUUUGGGUCCGACUACGAAUCCGAAGAAGAAUUCAAAGCAUCGGGAAUCAAAGAAGAUCCUGUUCGGGACACCGAUCGCGACAGCCCCGAGCCAACCUCCACCAAUUCGAGCACUGCAUCGACGCGCGCUUUCAACGGAAGCAACACGCGGGAAGUCGACGAUGUCCACCACGAUGAGUUGAGCAUCCCAAAAGGCCCCAAAGCCCCGAAGAAGACAAACCUGUUCUUCACUCGUCCCCCGAACGUCCUCCGCUUCGUGCCGGAUGCAUUCACGACGGAAAGCAUCAAGAAGGAAAAGGAAGAAACUGGUGACGAAGGCAUUUACCGCAACUACGUUCGUUGGCGAUACAAGUUAGAUGCAAGCGGUCGCAUCAUGGUGGACCCCAAGACGGGCCUCCCCAUGCGCGAAACAAACUCGCGCAUCGUGAAGUGGGAGGACGGGAGCUUUACCAUGUGCGUGGGGGACGAAGUGCUCACGCUGACGCAGCAAAAGGUCGCCAACUCGUUUGUUUUUGUCAACGAGCAAUCGACUGACGAAACCGUGCUCGAGUGCCAUGGCCGCGUCAAGUCGAAACUCACCAUCCGCCCGAUCUCGACGGCGUCGUCGUCGCAUCAGAGUCUCAAGAUGUCCAUGCGCGCGCGCCACAACAAGGCCGUGGUCCGCAUCCAAGAGUACGUGUCCGAAAUCGACGGCACACUCGACAAAGAACAGCGCGCCGCGGUCAAGCAGGAGCAGAUGCGGUUGGAGAACCGCAAGAAACAGCGCCAGGGAUACGAGUAUGACCGCGACCGGUCAAGUCGUCUCGACUCGAGCUUUCUGGAAGAGGGCUACGAAGACGAAGACGACAACAAUUUGUCGGCCAUCAAGCAGCAAUACGGCCACAAGGCCAAAAACAAAGCCACGUCGGCGGCGUCCCGCCGCGCCGCGCCGCGACCUGGUGGCUUGGAUGAGUACAGGCAGCAGAAGCAGGAGCAACGCCAUCGCGCCGUCGAAGUGGACGACGACGAUGACGAAGAUGACGAAGACAUGAUUCCGCACACGUCGGCGUCCAAGCGCCGACGCACCGUCGACGAAGACUCGGAUUAAUCAACGCAUUAUGGACAAUCCGUUGGUCGU